UACUUCCUCAAUUUAUGCAAGUAAAUGCGCGCCCUCAGCAUAGACUGGUUAUUGCAGCGUAGCUGACUAGCUAGCUAUAUAACUUAUUGAUUGCAUUUCUAGCUAGGUCAAUCGUUUGGCUCUUUGAUCUUUUCUUGAAUUAAACAACAUCUCUCUAGAAAAAUGAUCCCAGAGCUGUCCAGUCCCUCAGUGUGUAUGAGGGACCCUCCCAGGGUGGAGGAGAUCAUCAAGACCAUGCAGAAGGCUGGCACCAGCAAGAUUCAGGUCAUUUCAGACUUUGACAUGACCCUCACACGGUUUGCCUACAAUGGGAAGCGGUGCCCUACCAGUCACAAUAUCCUGGACAACAGCAAGCUCAUCAGUGAGGAGUGCAAAGCACAGCUGAAGGACCUGCUCAACACAUAUUACCCCAUAGAGAUCGACUCCAAACGGACAGCGGAGGAGAAGCUGCCCCUCAUGGUGGAGUGGUGGACUAAAGCCCAUACUCUUCUGGUGCAGCAGCGCAUCAGGAAAGACCUGCUGCAGGAUGUGGUGAAGGAGUCCGAUGCUAUGCUCAGGGAGGGCUACCAGCUGUUCUUUGACCACCUGCAGGAGCACAGCAUCCCUCUGCUCAUCUUCUCUGCUGGGCUAGGAGACGUGCUGGAGGAGGUGAUCCGCCAGGCCGGGGUCUUUCACCCCAACGUCAAGGUCUUCUCCAACUACAUGGACUUUGAUGAGACUGGAGUGCUGAAGGCCUUCAAAGGGGAGCUGAUCCACAUCUAUAACAAGAGGGAGGGAGCUCUGCUGAACACGGGCCACUUCCAGGAGCUCAAGUCACGCCACAACGUCCUGCUGUUGGGAGACUCUCUGGGGGACCUGACCAUGGCUGAUGGGGUGCACAGCAUGGAGAACAUCCUCAAGAUCGGCUUCCUCAACGACAAGGUGGAGGAGAGGAAGACGUCCUACCUGAAUGCCUAUGACAUCGUGCUGGUGAAGGAUGAGACCAUGGAAGUGCUGAACGCCCUGCUGCUCCACCUCACCAGCACCAAGUGACCAGUCCAGGAAAUUAAUCUCACUGGCCAAUCAGUAAUGAGCCUUCCGACGCUACAGGAAGUAUGUCGUACUGGUUUAGGAAGCUCUUGCUCAGGAAGUGCCAGUAGUGAGAUACCAUGAGUCAAGUCAGAAUGGUAUUGUUUUUGGUUUGUCUUUUACUAAACCUCCAAUGGCUGUUUGUGUGGGCCGCUGGGAUGGAUCCCAGACUGUGUUUUGGAGUCUCCCUUCCACGCUCCUCCAGUUGAAUCCUUGUUGAACACUUACAACUUGAGAGCAACAUCCUUUACAGUCCUACAAUUUGAUUCGAUUUACUCGACAACCCUACUAUCACAUUCUGAAUUGUUUACGAACCGUCAAUAGUCCAACUGAAAUGGGACAGGAAAACUAGGUGACUUUCCCAUCUGGUAAAUGUGUAUUGGGUUCAUGGGGAGAGAAAUGUUACUGGUGAUAUGUCUACAUAUGAGGAAUAUACAGUAGAAGUCAAAAGUUUGGACACACCUACACAUUCAUGGGUUUUUCUUUAUUUUUACUAUGUUCUACAUUUUAGAAUAAUAGUGAAGACAUUCAAACUAUGAAAUAA